AUGUCUUCUCACAUAGAAGAAGGAAGAAUCAUUUUGAACGUUGGCGGCAUCAAGACAUAUCGAACAACAUUAACCGCAUAUCCAGAUACGUUACUUGGCACAAUGUUUCAGGAGAGAAAUAAAGAACUUCUUAGACCUAAUGGAAACGAGUACUUCUUUGACAGAAAUGGAAAGGCGUUUCAUUAUAUAAUGGAAUAUUAUCGCACUGGUAAAAUUCUUUGGUUAGAAACAAACAGUUCUAUAACAAAGCAAGAAUUGAAAAUCGAAAUGGAUUUUUUUCAAAUCCCCUGUCCAUUAUCGACAUCGGUAUUACAUCAUAAUUCAUUUCCAACAUCAGAUCAAUACGAGGAAAUGUUACAAGACUUUAUAGAAUCUUUAAUAGCUUGUAUUUAUGAAACAAGUUGGAACUUAAGAAGUUAUAUUAAUAUAUUCUUUUAUUCUUCUUCUGUUAGAAAUAAUAAUCAUGAUGUUGGCAGUGUCGUUGUUAAAAGGAUUAUCGGUAUUGAUCCUUAUAUUGAACAAAUUGAAAAAAUUUUAGAGCCUUUUAGAAUUAGUGGUUAUGAGUUAUUAAAAAAAUUCGAAUUAGAUAUUGAAGAGCAAUUAAAAAAGUCGAUUCAAGAAUUGAUAGAUUUAGAAAUUUCUCAUCAACCAAAGUGGAGUGGUUAUGAUUUUACUAUAUCUCCUUAUUAUAGCGUAACUGUUAAAUUACAAAGUCCUAUUUAUAAAAACAACAAAUGA